CUCCAGUACAGUUUCUGAUCCCAGUCUGUGACUCUCUCCUCUCUCUCCUCAGCUCAGUGCAGCUCACACUGUAUUUACCGGUGGUUUGGAGGCGGGUCCGCUCCAUUGUCCGCUGCUUUUUGGAUCCAUUCACUGUAUAACACGCUGGUCCACAACCAGUGGACUGAAGUUUUUCAGCUUUGUUUUGGGGGAAGUCUCGUGUCGCUGCUGCCUGGACCUGCUGAUCUGCCUGAUCGUUACCUGGGACUACUUUCCUCUCGCAGUGCUGUUCUGAGUCUGCUGCAGGAGACAUGUGGCACCGUCUGUCUCUGCUGCUCCUGUGUUGUGCUCUGACCGGACUCGAUGCUCUGGAGGCGGACAGGAGCGACAAGAUGCCGCCGACCGACGCUCCGGUGGAGGGUCAAAAAGCGGAGCAGGACGCUGCUCCCUCCGCGGCGGCGGCCAACGCGGAGCCGGGUCCCCGAGAGGAACAGCAGCGGCCCGCGGGGAGAGACGCUCCUGCUGCGGGUGCAGAGGGGAGAGUGGAGCAGCCCACCGCCGAGCCUCUGGAGGAUGAGCUGGACAACCAGGAGAACAUCAUCAGCCAGUUGCUGGGUGAUUACGACAAAGUAAAGACUGUGUCAUCAGGCUCCGAUUGUGUGUGCCGCUGCAUUGUUCGACCAAUCAAGCGCUCUGACUGCAGCCGUAUCCCUGACAGUGGCCCAACAUCGCUGUCCCAGGAUUUUUACACUGUGGAGACGGUUACCAAGGGAACAGACUGCAAGAAGUGUGUGUGCAUGGUGCCGCCUUCAGCUGUCAACCCAUGUGAGGGAGAGUACAGGUUUAAAAAACUGCAGGAGGCCAGCAAGGAUGACAUAAAGCUGGCAACUAUUAUGGACUUGUUGGAGGGCUCUCUGUAUGGAAUGGACUUGUUAAAGCUCCACUCUGUCACCACCAAACUGCUGACCAAGAUGGACAACAUGGAAAAAGCCUUUGCACGUAACUUUACAGAGAGAGCAAGAGAGAAAGAGCGUGCAAAGGACAGAGCAAAAGAGAAGGAGAAGGAGAAAAAGGCCCAGCAGAAGAAAAAGAAAGUGACUGAUCUGAGUCAUACAGGACAGAAGAAUCGAGCCCCUGCCUCCGCUAACAAACAGAAGAAUAAUGACGUUCAGCUGAAGAAGAACCAACAGCAAGAUAUUCUGGAACAACAAGAGCCAACCAGCAACAAGACAGCAAGUCAAAAGCCAGUCAAAGAGAAGAACAGCAUGGUCGUCAAGGGCAUGACCUUCUAUAAGGCAGAAGAAGAGAGCUAUAAGACGAAUGACAGAGGUAGGGCAAAGAAUACGACUCUGACUGCACAUACUUCAUGGGACUUACUGAUUUCUGACCAGCUCCCACCUGACAGGACUUUCCCCAUCCAGGAUCCAGGACCUGCGCCCACUGUGAGCACAGAACCAGACGGCAAGGAGGCAUCAAGGAGAGUAAGCAGUCCAGCACCAACCCAGCCGCUAACCGAUCAUCCCACCACCACCCAACAAACCACCACUACAGCCAAACCAGCCCCCACCACCAUACAAGCUUCAAGUUCCAAUAUAAGUCCACCUGUUGAUGCGCCUCCCACGGCAGGGUCUCAGCAGGAACCCAAAAGACGACUUAGCUGGACGGAGAGCCCUAAGGACCAGCCGAAGACCACCAAAAAGCCUGGGAUGUGUAAGGACACAGUAGCCAGCCUCUCUGAUCCGGUCCAGCACAACUCCUACGGCCUAAGUGACGGAGCCUGGAUGAGAGAUGCACGCGGCCAUGGCAACGUCAUCUACCUAACCAGCGGGCUCUAUGGCAACAACCUGCAAGAGUUCAGAGACAUGGACACCUUCAAAUCAGGUCAGGCGAGUAAUUCGUACAAGCUGCCCUAUAGUUUCACCGGCACGGGCCACGUCGUGUUUAAUGGGGCUUUCUACUACAACCGUGCGUUCAGCAGGGAUGUCAUCAGAUACGACCUGAGGCACCGAUAUGUCGCCGCCUGGACCACGCUGCACGAUGCGAUACUGGAGGAGCAAGCUCACAGAACGCAAACUGAGGUGGAGUUUGCUGUGGAUGAGUCUGGCCUGUGGUUACUCUACCCUGCUCUGGACACAGAGGGCUUUCACCAGGAAGUAAUCCUGCUAACCCAACUCCAUCCCCGCGACCUUCAGCCAAUACGGAGCUUCCGCACAGGUCUUCGGCGUGGUCGCUACGGAAAUAGCUUCCUGGUUUGUGGCGUGCUCUAUGCUGUGAACAGUAUGGAGCACCGCUACGCCAACGUGACUUAUGCCUUCGACACGCACACGCUCACACACACCGUGCCGAGCCUUGCCUUCACGAACAUGCACGCGCACACCUCACAACUGGCUUACUGCCCAUUGGACAAGAAACUGUACGCCUGGGAUGAUGGACAUCAGAUGAUGUAUGAUGUCAUCUUUGCUUAUUAGCACAAUGAAUGGACACAAGAUGGAAGAAGUGAUGGCAACAGGGAUGGUCAACAGAAGGAUAGAUGAGUUCAAGUCAAAGCUGAGGACAGAAGAUUAGCUGAACAGAUCAAUGUUUUUUAUGGAUCAGUCUAAGUGAAUGUAUUUUAGUAUCAACCUCAACUGCUGCUCUACCACACACACCAAAGUCAGUAUUAACCAGCCAGGGCCCCAUUUACCAUGAUCUCUCUCCAGGUUAAGACGGUUUUCAUUGUACGCUCUUAAAUUUCCAUAGCAGCACUAUAGAGCUUCUCGGCUUCAGCUGUCAGGGGUGCUGGAGAUGAUACCUAAUACAUUUAACUUUCCUUAGCAUAAAGCCUGGAAUGUUCUAGUAUGAAAACGAAGCGUAACGAUCAGUGCAAAAUACAGCAUUCAGCUUGUUGCCCUUUAUAAUUCAUGUUACUGUAUAGAAGUUUAGGAAAGUAAAUUCUGAUUGAUUUAGCUGCUGUUUGAGCCAGAUGUUAUCUAACUUUAAUGAAAACUAAAAUAAAGCAGCAGUGAGUCGUGUAAACUUCGUGAAUAUGAACAAGACAGAAGUAGAGGAGGACAUCAGCAUAAUUUAAGGGAAUUGUUCAGUUAUUUAGUGCUUUUGUUCUAGUUUUGUUUUCUAAUCUAACCACUAUUGCUCAUUGUACAUAAAACAUAAGCAACAAUAGCAUAUAGAUGUAAAAAUGAACAAAAAUGUAAAUAAAUCAUGAAGGUUUGUUUUCUCCUACAGGUUCUGGAGCAUCUGAAGAGGAUCUUAUCCUCUUACAAAUGGGUUUGAGGUCCCUGUUAAUAAAUGAUCCCUUCUAAGAGCAUUGCCAGUUACGACGCCUUUGGGAAAUAUGGUUGUAAGGCUGAUUUUAUAAUCACCUUAUUCUCAAGAUGCCCCCAGAGCAGCACUCACAAUAUUAUACUUGUGUAUAUAUAAUCUUCUGGUAAUGAAAGAAGAUACAGACACACAAUCUCUUCAGGUUCAGUGUAUUAAUGAGUCUAUACUGUAUGUUUUUAUAAUGAAUGUCUGCCUAUUUACCGUCGAGCCUGUCAGAUAAUGUUCCCAUCCUGAGCUUUAGGACAGCUGGGAAUGGAAGCUCUUAACCCCGUUACUGUCAGUGCUUCAUGAUUGAAGCUCAGUCCUUCCAAACUAAUUUCACGCUAACACAUGCUCCACAUGCAGCUCCCCAGACAAGGUUGAUUUCAACUGCUGUACAACAAGUUAGACUUUUUGGUCCGUUAAUUU